GGCUUCGCUAGAGGUUGGGAGCACCAGGGGCGCAAGAAUCCUCCUGAGUUGCUUAUCUCAGAACCUUGAUUGCUUCGGACUUGGGAAAAGGUUUACGGCAGGAGUUGACAACCGAAGAUCGAAUAUGGACUUAUGGGACUAGACUGUCACCAUCCAUGCCGAAACGGCAUCUACGAAGUCUCGGGGGCUUGCUGAUGCAGGAACAACCUCGUCGAAGUGUGAUAACAAAGUAUUCACUGUUGGAAGAGCCCUUUAAGCUCCACUCGGUCUUUCUGUUUCGCACAUCUCCCUCCUCUCUCACAGAAAUCACACUCUUUGAAGCACAGAUUAAACUUCUAUCUUUUAUUUCAACAUCAUGGAUUCGAACUCGACGACUCUGUUGCCAGGCCAGUCUGCUCCUAUUGCCAUCAUAACUGCAACAGAUCAAAGUGGUAUUGUCCUGAUAGGCACUGCUUUGACACUCGCCGUUUCUCUUACGUCGCUUCUCAUGAGAGGGUACAUGCAAUUGCAGAUUCGUCACCAAUUUUCUCAUGAUGACUUCGUAGCUAUGGGGUCUAUGCUUUUCUCUUUGCUUCAAUCAAUCACUGUCUUCAUUGAGGUGUCAAAAGGCUUCGGGAAAACGAUUUCGAAUAUUUCUCCAAACAAUCUUGUACAAUUGCAGAAGGCUGCCUACUCCAGUGAACUAUUUUACAUCAUUACACUUUGGUUGACGAAGUGCUCCGUUGCGUUUCUCCUUCUUCGACUCUCGCCCCAGAAGGAACACAAAUUAGCCACAUACAGCAUCUUGGCCUCAUCAACCUUGUUUAUGAUUAUAUCGGUCUUUAUUCUAGCUUUCAGAUGCGAUGUGGCACAGCCAUGGAUAUUCAUCAACGCCCAAUGUACGAACUUGCUUGUUCGAUGGGAGGUUGAGACGGUUUUUGAUAUCACCACAGAACUUGCUCUCUUCUCGGCUUCAAUAUAUUUGGUCAAGGGCCUGCAGCUGUCACUCAGUAAGAAAGUGACUGUCAUUUUUGCCUUCGGCCUUCGACUUGCUUAUUGCUCCUGCGAUCCUCCGCUUGGUUUACCUGAACCAAGAAUUCACGUCCCCCGAUCCGACCCUCCACGGUGUUCUUGCCUCGGUCUGCACACAGAUUCAAAUCAGUUAUGCCGUCGUGGCAGUUACGAUUCCAUGCCUGAGACCAUUCAUGGCUGCUCUUAGCACUAAUUACGGUGCCCCGGCUCAAACACGAACGUCACCCUCGGGUUCCAAAAAGUCACAAUCCGGAAAAGAAUACAAGCUGAGCUCACUUUCAAAGAGUUCAAGAUCAGUACGGGUAGACAAACCGAAACAGUCUACACCUGUCAAACCAUGGGACCGCGGCAACACUCAUACCUCCGUGGGGUCUGGAGAUAAGCACAGCAUGGAAAGUCAUGAGAGCAAGCAGAUGAUUAUCUCCAAGAACACUCAAUGGCAGGUAGAUUACGAAGGGCCAAGUCAACGGUUUGCCGAGCCGUAGACGGAAGGGAGCAGCCGGAGCGUCAAAGAUAGGCGCGCAGGCUAGAGGUUCUGAGCAAUUAUUCGGGAAG